CUCUUUUGUAUACAACAAUGUAUGAGUGGAUUUCUGUUGCCUAUUUCAGUCAAUUAAACGGAUAGCAUGACAUCAGACAGUUACUCGUAUUGCAGCCAGCAUUCCUAUCAAUUUAUGGUUAUGGAGAGUGGGGGUGGACACCCUUUUAUUACGAUGAAACAUCUCGUUUUCAAAUUAGAAUGGAAUGGGUGGAAAUUAUAGAACCUCGAACUAAGGAGCAUAUGUAUGCUAAUCUUACAACUGGAGAAUGUGUAUGGGAUCCUCCACCUGGUGUACCAGUAAAAAAGACAGAUAACAAUCAAUGGUGGGAAUUAUUUGAUCAAAAUACUUCACGAUUUUAUUAUUAUAAUGCAACAUCUCAGAAAACUGUAUGGCACCGUCCAAGUGAUUGUGACAUUAUACCUUUAGCAAAGCUUCAAACACUAAAGCAAAAUACAGAACCGGCAAGUAGUAGUGGAAUUGAUGUCCAGAAAUCAACCGAGCCAAGAAAAAAAGAAUCUGUAUCAACACAAACUCAAACUUCUUCAAUCAAUCGAUUAACAAGAUUUAAUCAUCAAGAAAAUUCCAAUUUAUCUUCUUCAUUGCAAAGUGGUAGUAUAAAUAAAACAAAAACAUCCAAUGUUGGUGUGGAUCUUCAAACAUCUCCUCCUUCUCCAUCUCCAUCUUCAAGACGACAUCAUCAUCAUCAUCAUCAUCAUCAUCAUAAUAACAAACAUUAUAGGCAUCAUGAUGUGCUUACAACACGACGUCAACAUAAUCAUUCUCAAGAUUCUGGUCGAUCUAGUGAUAGUUCUGUCUCUCACAGUCGUACAUCUUUAGAAUCAACUGGAUAUCGAUUAUUGGAUUCUCCACAUCGACAUCAUCAUCGUUCUGUCACUCAGACAUCGACAAGUCAAGUACAAUCUUCACCCAGGCAACAUAGUGGUACAUUGGAAACUAGGGGACACAAAAGUGGUACUUUAGAAAGUAUAAAAAAUCAGAAAUCAGUACCAUUGGGUGAACCACCUCCAUUAGGUUUGUCACUUUCAACUAGUACUCCUCUAUUUAAAAAAAAGACAUUUGUUGAUUCACAACGGGAGAACAGAAUUGGAAAUUUAGAAUUGGAAAAGAAUAAAAAUGGUAGAGAAAGUAGUAGAGGUUCAUAUGGUCCUGAACCAAGUACUUCUCCAUAUCGUGAUUCAUUGAUGGAAUCUAGAAUAUUUAGACAUGAAAUGCCUCCAUAUCGUCCACCAGAAGUUCAAUUGAGUCAUAGUUAUAAAUCGCAAGGUGAAAAAUAUGGCUCCCUGGUGGAAAGUAGUAAUCGUUAUCAUAGAGAUAGAGAAAGGGAAAUUCACCAUAGAGAAAGAGUAAAUAGUUUGGACAAAACAAAUACUUCAGCCUUUUAUCCAAGUUCCAUACAUCCGCGCAAUAUGAAUAAAGAUAAUACUGGUAGUGUAGGAAGAAGGCAUCAUGGAUGUUCAGUAUCACUUUCAGAAGCGAAUGUUAGAGAUAUGUAUAGUGCAAUGUUAGUUGAAAGAAAUGAGCCUUCUAAGAGUCUAGUUAGAGGUACAAGCAUAAUGAGCAAUACAUCAAAGCAGAGAAGUCUCGAAGUUAUGGAACGAGAAAGAGAACGCGAACGUGAUAGAGAAAAAGAAUAUAGAAGAAACACAGCUUGUAAUAAUUCAUUGGAUUGUGUACCACAACCACUUGCUCGCAGUUAUAGUUUUGUACAACAGCAAAAACAGCAACAAAAACUGCAACAAUUACAACAGCAACAACAGUCAAGAAGAAGAGACAGAGAUGAUGAUUCGAUGCAUGAGCGUUAUCUUAUUAAUCAAAGUCACGAACAAUCUAGACAAAGGCUUAGUAGUAAUACUAGCAGUAGUAACAGCAGUAAUAGUAGUAGCAAUAGUGCUAUUGGCGAAGAAACAGAAGGACUUACAGAAAUAGAUGAUAGUAAAAAAAAAAAAAGUAAUGGUAAUCCGAGUCCGCCUCCAUCUCCUUUUUAUGGAAAUCUAUCUGAUGCCGAUCAUUUGUUACCGCUUCAAUAUUAUAUUCUUCAACAAGCAAAACUUUUAGAUUGUUAUAAGUUUGGAGAUUAUCCAUUAGUAGAAGAAGGUGAUGAUUCUUUAGAUGAAGAAGGUGGAAGAAGUCAAGAUAUUGGUGGAAGAGCUGAUGAUGAUUCUGACGAUCAAUUUGCGGAUGAUGAAGCAGCAAGUAACCAAGGUGAUUCUUCUAGUCAAGAAUACCUUGAAGAUCAUUAUGCAGAUUUGGGUAACUAUGAUACUGCAGGAUUAGCAACAUAUUAUAAUACAGCAGAUACCUUAACAAGGCCACAAGUACGACCACCAUCACCACCGAAUACCUCGCAAACAGAAAUGAGAGAAACUGUGACUGUAUCUACAAAACAACCACCAGUUUUACCGUCUACCACAAUAAGUUCUGUUUCUAAUAUAGGUAGCGGUAUUGAUAACACCGAUAUUGAUGAAGCGAAACGAGAUGAUAGUGCCGGCGGUGGUGACAUCGAGAAAUACGCACAAGACAAUCUUAAUUUAAAUUGCGGACGACCAAAGGGAUUAAGAUUGUUAUUUCGAAAGAAGUUUAGCGUUCGUGAUAUUCUUAGCUGGUCUAAAGAUCCAAUACCACAACCAAUGUUGGUGGUCGUAGAUGGUGAAAAGUUACUGAAACGAGAAGCUUGUAAUCUAUUUAGAUUGGUGCAAGUGUAUAUGGGUGAUCGAAAAACUAAUGUAGGAAUGACAUUAGAUAGUGUAGCUAUGGACAUUGUGAAUACAGCCUAUUCAAAACCACCAUUGCGAGAUGAGUUAUACGUCCAGAUUUGUAGACAAACUACAGAAAAUCCACGGAAAGAUAGUUUACGUAGAGGCUGGGAACUAAUGGCUGUCUGUUUAGCUUUUGUGCCGCCCAGUGCCACUUUUGAACCUUAUCUUGAAGGUUAUAUGAACAGACAUCGUGAUCCUAAUUUUCAAUUUCCGGAAGUGGCCAAAUGGCCAAUUCACGUACAAGUUAGUCAUUAUGCAACCGUUGCAUGCCGUCGUUUGCAACGAAUCGGAGUACAUGGCAAACGGCAACCUCGCAAGGCUACUAUAGAAGAUAUUGAUCAAGCAAGAAUUCAAAUUUUCCGAGCAUCUAUGUUUGGAGCAACAUUAUCAGAAGUGAUGGCUUUGCAGAAAGAUAGAUUUCCAAAUCGGGAAUUACCAUGGAUACAAACAACAUUAACACGUCAAGUAUUAGCUCGAGGAGGUAUCUUGACGGAAGGAAUUUUUAGAGUGUCUGCAGAUGCAGACGAAGUUAAUGCUUUAAAAGCAUGCUUAGACAGAUUCGAGGAUGGUACGAUUUUGGCAGCUUCUCAAGAUGCUCAUGCACCUGCUUCUUUAUUAAAAUUAUGGGUUCGAGAGCUUUAUGAACCAUUAAUACCUGAUUCAUUUUACACGGAAUGCGUGUCUAUGAGGCAUGAUGAUACCGAAGCUUCUGCAAUCAAUGUCGCUGCACUUGUAAAUCGUCUGCCUGAUUUAAAUCGUCGCGUUCUUUGCCAUUUGAUACGAUUCCUCCAGAUUUUUGCCAGACCGGAAGUUGUUGCUCGCACCAAAAUGGAUGCAAAUAAUUUAGCAAUGGUGAUGGCACCAAAUAUAUUGCGGUGUACUUCGCAAGAUCCCCGUGUGAUCUUAGAAAAUGCACGAAAAGAAAUGGCUUUUGUUCGUACUCUUAUCGAGUCAUUAGAAACUGCUUGGGUCGAUGAUCUUCACUGACCAUUCUAUUGCACACUAGAAGAAAUAACACUCUAGACUACUAUGCCAAAUGAAUCAGCUGUAUAUUCAUAUGUAUCGUUAAUUAUUUCACUGUUCUAUAUUAUUGUUCACUUUUGUUUUUCUUUUAUUUUGUCAUUAUCAUACAUAACAUCCCAUAUAGAUCCAUGGAUGUUCAUUAUUGUAAUUUAGUGCUAAAGUCUUACCAAGCUAAUCACUGCUCCUUAUUUUCUUAUUUAUUAUUUAUAUACAGAUUAUAUGUUAUACAGAUAGAGAUUAUUAGAUUAUAUUAUGUAUAUCGCUAUAUAUUCAUAUUAUAUAUUUUAUCAGUUCUUGUUACCGUGUUGAACAAAUGCGGACGGCUUUUUUACUCGAUCAUUGUUGAAUCUCGUGUAAGAUAAAAAAAUGAUGUGUUACCGUGUAUAGCUGCACUCCGCGAUAAUUUUUUUGUAUAAGCAACGAAUUGGCGUGUACAACGUUUAUCGAGGAGUAAAUAUUGCAAAAAAUUAGCAA